UAAGAACAGAUAAUACGCAAGUAAAAUGGUGGAUAACGCGAUAAUACCAGACUCAGUGACAAGAAAGGAAAUAAGAAGGCUUGUAUUAAAUAUACAAAAUUUUACAUUUACAAAUGAGGUAAUAAAAACUGACGAAAAUGUUAUUGCAGACUACCUAUCAAGAAAAAGGAACCCAAACUGAGCCAGAAAAAGAUACAAUGGAAGAAAUACUCAAAGCCAUUACUACACUUUCUACAAAAAUGGACAGUAUGGAUAAAGAGUUACAAAAGAUGAAAAAUAUAAGUCAACAGCAUGACUAUAAAAAUGCAGAGCUAUGUCGAUCGGAAGACAAAAAAAUUCCAGAGCUACAAGGAGACGUUGGGAAACUCCAUAAAAUCCAUGACAAUGUUUAUUUAAAUGCAGCUACAGCCAUCACAUCUACAACAAAAGGAGUCAAUGGAAUAAAAUAUACGAAUUCAAAUAUGAGCAAAAUCUUCGAUAGACCAUUUAUUUCGAAAAACCAAAAAGACCCAUUAUCUAUACCACCACAAAUAACUACUUACUCGGAAAGUUUAAACCAAGAUAAAAAAGCCUACAACCACAUAACCCGCUCAUAUAUUGAAAACCUUUAUAAAAUCCAAAAUUAUUUAAACUCAACACCAAGAUCUCCAACUGCCAAAGACCCUCAUACUGAUUUUAUUACCCAAAAGCUACAAGGAUAUAAUAAGUUAAUAGCCCAACCAGGCACCAAUGCAAAUCUAGUAAAAACGUGUUAUAGUUAUAGAUUACUCAACACAGUUUAUACCCAAACAGGAGAUGAAAUAUCGACCAUACCGGAGCUAUACAAAGCCUUUAUGAACUAUAAAAGAAUUACUAAAGGAACAUUAUUUUAUAUAAAGUUUUAUUCAGCACCAGCAGAGAUAUUAUUUGAUGAGAUAAAGCCAAUUAUACAAGUUAUAAAGAUUGGUUUGACCAGAGAUAUGAUAAUUCCGGAAGAUAUCGGGACACAGCAAGAAAUACAAAGAAUUCAGAUGCCAGAAUUCUACGCCAACAAGAGAGUUAUUGGAAUCGCAACUAUUCUAAAUGAACUAACCAACAAUUAUUUAAACGGAAAUUCAGUAUGGAGCAAUUAUGUACGGGAGCAAGUUAUGAUAUAUUCAAAUUCUAGGGAAGUCAGAGAAGAAGAUAUGGAGGAGAUACGCCAAUGGAUACUCAGUUUACUCAAGCCGGAGCAAAAACCAACAACAAGAGCAUUAAGGAAAGAGUUUAUUUCGGGCGAAUUAUUAACCAGAUAUUGUAAAAUUAUUGGACAAAAAUACCCCGACCAUAUAUGUUCAAAAUGUCAGGGAGAAAAUAAUGUCAUACCAGAUGUCCAAAUCGAAUAAAGAUACGUGGAAAGCAAAAACAGAAGUCAUACCAGAUGUCCAAAUCGAAUAAACAUACGUGGAAAGCAAAAAAAAAGGAUAUAGAAACGUAAACAACUACAAUAAAGAAGAUAAGGAGAAGAAAACAAAGGAAGAAAAAGUCGUAAAGUAAAUAGUAAGAGUCAUACAUGAACAGAAAAGGUCGUUCAUGAAAGGUCAUAUGUGAAUAGUAGGAGUCAUGUGUAAAUAGAAAGAGUCAUUACGUAAAAGUUCUUUGUUUUCUAGUGUCGGCCGAAAUAAAAAAGGCCAUGUGUAAAGUAGUGCCGGCCACUUGGCCAAAGUAGUAAGUUUUUUUUUUUGUAUAAAAGGAGGGCUUUCCCUCAUAAUAAAAUAAGGCUUUUCCAAUCAACACUUUCUUCUUCUGAAUUCCGCUUCCAAGCAAAGUGGCCGACACUACUUUACACAUGGCCUUUUUUAUUUCGGCCGACACUAGAAAACAAAGAACUUUUACAUAAUGACUCUUACUAUUUACACAUGAAUUUUUUCUCUAUUUUGUUCUUUUAUUUCUGUGGUCAUGCCACCAAAUUCAUUUCGUAUUGCUAAUUAAUAUUUAUCUAGUAUAUCUAUAUUUGUUGUUGAUGGAGAUCCAUCUAUUUUCUUAUCACUCCUAAGUGUUUCUAGACUUUCUGGGAGUAAAUUUCCUAUCCAUAAUUUUGUUGUUCCAACAAAUGUUCUUUCUAUA